GAAAAAACACCGCUAGAGGGCGAAUUUGACAGCUGAAAAAAUCAAAACACGAAUUUUCUUUAAGAAAUUUUCUCGAUGAACUGUUUGUAGUGCCCGAGUUUGCUUUAAAAUGAUGGAUAAUGAGUCAGAUGAUACCUCAACAUCAUUAGAAACUGAAAAUUUUUGUGACAAUCCAACUCGAGAUAUUUUAGCUGAAGGAUUCCUUCGCCUUUUGAAGCCAAUCGUCGAUGAUCUGGAAGAAAAAGUGAAAAAUACGCGCUUAGAACAGUACGACUUGCAACGACAACUGCAAAGAACCCUCUCGGAGUGCUACAAAUUAUCACGUCGCGACGACCGGAACAAUCAAGACAUUGAAUUUUAUGUCACCAAGUUGAUCAACAUCAAGCACAAAGUCACCGUGAUACUAAACGUGCUGCAAAACUCGCAAGAACGUCUCAACAGGUUGCAUCGAAAGAUCGAACUGAAGGAAUAUAACAUCCAAUAA